AUUUGCCCCUUGAAGUUGAAGUUGAAGUUGAAGUUGGAAUUGGGGUUGGAGAGGCAAAACCCUAAUCCACAGUGAAAAUGGCGCUGUCUAGAGUUCGCUGUGCUCUCACCAAGGUCGUUCUUCCCGCCGCUCGUCCGUUCAGCACCACCUCUUCGUAUGCAUUUGAGUCGCAUCAUCACAUGUUUACACUGGAUCCCAGUUCCCAAAUAGGGAGCUGCAUGCCAAUCUCGAUGAUGCGAAUCGGCACCCUCAUCCACAACAUCGAGAUCAAUCCCGGGCAAGGCGGCAAGCUGGUCCGCGCCGCCGGCACCUCGGCCAAGAUCCUUAAGGAGCCUAAAGCCUCCCGCCACUGCUUGAUCAAGCUCCCUUCGGGAAAAGAGAAGCUGAUCGAUACGCGCUGCAGGGCCACGGUUGGAAUUGUGUCCAACCCCGAGCACGGCGCCAAGAAGCUGCGCAAGGCUGGCCAGAGCCGGUGGCUCGGCCGCAGGCCUGUCGUUCGCGGUGUCGCCAUGAACCCCGUUGACCAUCCUCACGGAGGUGGCGAGGGGAGAAGUAAGAGUAGCGGGAGCCAUGGAAGGACUUCGCUCACGCCCUGGGGUAAACCCUGCAAGAGCGGCUACAAGACCGGUCCGCUCAAGCGAAGAAAGUAGGCCCCUUUUUGGAUUUUCUCUUAAAUCUGGAUACUCGGAUCUUGGAAUGUAUCUCCUCUCCUUAAUGUUUCUUUUUUGCUUCACAUUACUUGCUUUUAUUGAUUUAAAAAUAAAAAUUAAGUUGGCGCCCCCAUAAGAAUACGUUUAGUUCAUUUGGGUAUAUUUUUUUGUGGUUGUUUGGAUUGCUUGACUUGUUAAUUUGGUAAAUAUAUCCUUAAAAUUA